GCACCGGGUCCCAGCCCGCACCUCGUGCCGUCAUGUACGAGCCCGGGCGCCCGUGGAGCCUGUCCUUCGUCGGCUGCGGCUUCCUGAGCUUCUACCACAUCGGGGCGACCCGCUGCCUGUGCGAGCGCGCGCCGCACCUGGUGCACGGGGCGCGCUGGUUCUUCGGGAGCUCCUUCGGGGCGCUGCACUGCGUCGUCUUCCUGUCCCGCGUCCCGCUGGAGCGAGCUCUCAUGAGCCUGGUGGGCCUGGUGAGGAAGGCCAGGAGGGGGAACAUGAGCUCGCUCCACCCCUUCUUCAACAUCAACAAGAGCCUGCGAGACGAGCUCCACGCCCGGCUGCCCCCCAACGUCCACCAGCUGGUCGCUGGCAAGCUGUACAUCUCGCUCACCCGGGUGUCCGAUGGUGAGAACGUGCUGGUGUCCGACUUCCGGUCCCGGGAUGAAGUCGUGGACGCUGUGCUGUGCUCCUGCUUCAUCCCUUUCUUCUCGGGCCUAAUCCCUCCUUCCUUCAGAGGCGUGCGCUAUAUGGACGGAGGACUGAGCAACAACGUGCCUCUCCUGGACGCCAGGUCCACCAUCACCGUGUCCCCCUUCUACGGGGAGCACGACAUCUGCCCCAAGGUCAAGUCCACCAACUUCCUGCACCUGGACAUCAACCACCUCAGCUUCCGCCUCUGCAAGAGGAACAUCUACUUCCUGUGCAGAGCGUUCUUCCCCCCUGACCCCGGGGAGGUGAGGGAGAUCUGCUUUCAAGGCUACGUGGACGCCUUCCGGUUCCUGGAGGAGAAUGGAAUGGGAGCCGGGCCGCAGCCCGGCCCGAGCUUGUCCUCCAGAGAGACGGAGCCCGGGGACAGUGGGCCCGGCCUGGAGAAGGGGAGCGCAUUGGGGGACACGCGGUGGGACACCCUGCGCCUCAGCAUUAUGGCCUGGGAUGAGGCCACGUUUGGGAGCCUCUCCCCGAGGCUCACCACAGCCCUCAAUGAAGCGAUCAAGGACCGGGGGGGAUACCUGAGCAGGCUCGGCAACCUGCUACCCGUGCGCAUCCUGUCCUACGCGCUGCAGCCCUGCACCCUGCCGGUGGAGUCUGCCAUCGCUACUGUCUGGAGGCUAGUGACAUGGCUCCCAGAUCUGCCUGAGGACAUCCAGUGGCUGCACUGGGCCACUUGGCAGGUCUGCGUCCGAGCCAGCACGUGCCUGCUCCCUUCUUUCAGGUAA